AUGAGAAUAACAACCCCCUCGCUCUCCUUCCUGCGGCCGUACGCCUGGAGGCCGCUCGAGGGCCGGAACGCCGCCUACCUCCGCUUCUACCACCUGGCCCGGCCGCAGGUUGACGAGUCCAACGCCCCCAAGUAUCCCAGAAUCCGGCACGAUGGCGUUUCCAUGCGCAUCCCGACGUUCCGUGAGAAGUAUAAGCAUGUCGAGACCGGGGCCGUAGCAGAGGAGGAGGUCACCCUUCACGGCCGGGUUCAAUGGAUCCGCCGCGCAGGCUCCAAGCUUGUGUUCCUCAACCUCAAGGCCGAGUUUGAGCAAGUGCAGGGCCUAUGUAAUUUCCGGAAGCUGGAGAGCACCGGCGCCACCCUCGACCGCUUCAAGGAGCUAAGCCGGCUCGUGAAAAGAGGCGACAUAAUAUCUGUUACUGGGAAGGCUACGCGCACACCCACGGGCGAGCUGACAAUCGAGGCGACACGCUUGCCCGAGCUCAUGUCGCCCACCAUUGCCCCUCUGCCGUUCCAGCUAGCCAACGAGGACACGCGGAUCCAGCUGCGCCACGUUGACAUGCUGGUAAACCGCAAGACAAUUGAUACACUGCGCCUGCGCUCGUACAUCAUCAGGCACAUGCGCGAUUUCUUGGACGAGCGGGGCUUUCUCGAGUUCCAGACGCCCAUCCUGGCUGAUCACACCGAGGGAGCUGUCGCGCGUCCGUUUACCAUCGCCGGGAGUGACUUCCCUGGCCGCGACCUCACGCUGCGUAUUGCGCCGGAGCUCUGGCUGAAGCGCCUCGUAGUCGGCGGCGUGGACAAGGUUUUUGAGCUCGGCCCGGCCUUCCGAAACGAAGGCAUAGACCUGACCCAUAAUCCUGAGUUCACCACAUGCGAGUUCUACAAUGCCUACGCAAGCCUGGACGACCUCAUUGCCCUGACCGAGGAUUUGAUCCGUGGCACCGCCGAGCAUUGUCAGAAGCUCAUUGCCACCAAGCUCGACUCGCUGCCCUCCAUUGACGUAGACGCAUUCCGCGGCCCCUUCAAGCAGAUGGAGUUUAUUCCCUCGCUCGAGUCUUCCUUGGGGUGCCGCUUGCCGGACCUGUCGUCCGAGACUGCCUUGGAAGACCUUGUCGCCAUUCUCGAGAGCGAGGACAUUGCUGUCGAAAGACCUCUCCCCACGCUGCCCCAGCUCCUCGACAGGCUGUCGGGCCUCUACAUGGAACCGCAUUCUCUCAAGGCGCCGCUCUUCAUCACCAACCACCCUGUGUGCAUGUCUCCGCUCUCCAAGAGCUUUGUGUGUCCCAAGACGGGCCAGGCCGUGUCGGCACGGACCGAGCUGUUUGUCCUCGGGAGGGAGCUGGCCAACAUGUAUGAGGAGGAGAACGACCCCGCCGCCCAGCGGCUAAAGUUCCUCGACCAGGCCAAGCACCGCGUCCCCCUGAAUCCAGAUGACCCCGUCAUCAUCGACGAGAGCUACAUCCAGGCUCUGGAGUCUGGCCUGCCGCCCACCGGCGGCUGGGGCUGCGGUAUCGAACGCCUGGUCAUGCUGUUCUCGGGUGCGUCGAGGAUCAGCGAGUGCUUGAGCUUUGGCAACCUGAAGAACGUCAUGGGCAUACGCCCUCCAGACGCCAGGGAGCAAUACCACUUGAACACAGAAAAUCACGGGGUCCAGAGUCACACGGUCACGCAGGAGAGAAAGUGUCAAUGUGCGGAUUUCAAUAUCAAUCCUUAUGUGACUGCCUAG